GCCAAAAAGCUCAAAUAUGUGCAGACUGUUGUCAUGACCGCAACACAACAAAAUGUCCAAUGCAGUCUGGCUUUAAUACAACUCUUACAAGGACAAAGACUUUCUCCAAGUCUGGCCUGCCCCUUUAACAGCAGUUCAGCCCUAGUGGUGAUUAUCGGACUGUCCGGUUCCCUGGAAACUCUGCGGCGCAGCUCUCACUUUAAACCGGGAUCAUGGCGGCUCCGCUCGGGCGGGACACACUACCUGAGCACUGGUCCUACGGAGUGUGUGGGGAUGGCAGGGUCUUUUUCAUCAACGACAAAACUCGCGGCACUACUUGGCUUCAUCCCCGCACUGGUGAACCUGUCAACUCAGGACACAUGAUACGAUCAGAUUUACCGCGGGGGUGGGAAGAGGGCUUCACCGAGGAAGGCGCCAGCUACUUUAUAAACCACAACCUAAGGACGACGACAUUCAGGCAUCCUGUGACGGGACAUAUAUCCUCAGAAAACACUGACUUCAUUUUACAAGACCAGGCAAAUUUACACAUGUCCAAGCCACCACCAGAGCCGAGGCCUCCCAGUAUGGUCAGCGAGUCCUCUGUCGCCGUCUCCUCAUCCCCUGCGGACACCACCUCAGGAUCCAGGAGUUUGAAACCCAGUGGGAAGGUGCAUUGCUUUGGCAAGCGUGACCAUUCCAUCAAAAGGAACCCUAAUGUCCCAGUGGUGGUGAGAGGAUGGCUCUACAAACAGGACAGCUCAGGCAUGAGACUGUGGAAGAGGAAAUGGUUUGUGUUGUCUGAUUACUGCCUGUUUUACUAUAAAGAUAGUCGAGAGGAGACGGUUCUGGGAAGCAUUCCUCUGCCUAGCUAUGUCAUUUCCCCCGUGGGACCUGAGGACCACAUCAGCCGCAAAUAUGCCUUUAAGGCCUGCCACACGGGAAUGCGCUCCUACAUUUACAAUAAGAAUUCUCUGAUUGGCUCGCAGGCAGAGCACUGUGGCAUGAGGACCUAUUUCUUCAGUGCUGACACACAAGAGGACAUGAAUGGCUGGAUCCGGGCCAUGAACCAGGCUGCACUGAUGCAGAGCCAUGGCUUGAAGAGAGAAGCUGAAAGAAGCUUCAAAUCUGAGCAGCAAGCAACCCCCCAGACCAACCAUUUCAGCAGCAGCAUCAGAAGCUCCUCCCAGGCUGAGGGCCUCCAGCAGACAGUACAUGUGGAGGUGGCAGAGCUGAGGCCAGAGCGAGAUGGGGAGGACUGCUACGUUUACAGCAAGGAACUGAUUGAGGAUCCUGUUAAAAUCUCCUCUGGGGAGUUGGAGAUGGAAGGGUUUUCCCAAUCAGGUGCCCAUUCUCGCCCACCUUCCACAGUGCCCACUCACAGGAACGGGCUGCCCCCCUCGGCCAUACCUUCUGAUCAGAACGGGAACGUGGUGUAUAAGAGGGGUCUCGUCCCCCGUACUGACACAGAGAAAAAGGUGCAAAGGAAAACUGCGCUGGCUCAGGUUGAGCACUGGGUGAAGGUGCAGAAAGGAGACCCCAAAAGCCAUCCCACUGUUGAGUACACCCUACCCAGACGGACACCACCUCUCCAGCCUAAGUCCGUCAUGAUGGAGACGUACCAGUCGUUGCCAAAGACCACUCGCCACCACUCCGGAAGCAGUUCCCCACCAGUGCCACGCAACCUGCCUAGUGACUACAAGUACGCCCACGACCGGCUUAGUCACUUUCGUAUGUCCACUGAUGAGCGGAUGGCCACUAAAGAAGGCAUGGUGUGGCAACUGUACGAAUGGCAGCAGCGCCAACAGUUCCGCCAUGGAAGCCCCACUGCACCAAUCUACACCGGCCCUGAUUACAUGGACACAUCUGCCUUCAGAGUUACUCUGGAAAUGCCACGAUCCAUAUCUGUGCCACCAUCACCAUGUGACAUACCCCCACACGGUCACCCCUCAAAGUCCUUGUCCCCUCGCAGGCCCCACACGCCCGCAGACAGGGUGACGGUGCGUCCGCUGGAUGACUUCUCCACCGUGGACACUCCCAGUUUGGGUUCUCCCAGAGGAAUAUGUUCCCAGAUCUCAAAGACCUCACAAAUAGAGAGGAGAUCCAUGCCCACAAUGGGAUACAUCACACACACAGUCAGUGCACCAAGUCUGCAUGGAAAAACGCCGGAGGAGUUGACCCUGCUGCUCAUCCAGCUCAGGAGACACCGGGCCAAGAUGGCCAGCGUGCGCAGCGACACAUUCACACACCUGCAGCACCAGCACAACGGCCUCUCAGGCCCCAGUUUGCAGGCAGAUGACACUUACAUCCAGCUGAAGAAGAACCUGGAGUAUCUAGACCUGAAGGUAACUGGACGUGACUCGCUUAAAGAUCGACCGCCUCGGCCGGUUAAAAUAGCUGAAAGUGACAUAGAUGUGAAGCUUAGUAGGUUAUGCGAGCAAGACAAGAUCCUACAAGAGCUGGAGGCCAGGAUACGCACACUCAAAGAAGAUAAGGACAAGCUCGAGUCAGUUCUGGAUGUUUCCCAUCAGCAGAUGGAGCAGUACCAGGAUCAGCCUGGCCAUGCAGAGAAGAUUGCCUAUCAACAGAAGCUGUUACGAGAGGACGUGGUCCACAUCAGGGCGGACAUCUCCCAGGUGUCCACGGAGAUGGAGAACGCUUGGGCUGAGUACAGCCAAUUGGAGAGAGACGUGGACAGACUGCGUUCAGCCCUUCAAGACCAGAUGACACACAGUGCUCUCUCUCAGCAGGAGAAAUCUCAGCUGAGGAAGGAGCUGUGGCGGAUCGAGGACGUACUUGCAGGCCUGAGCUCCAGCAAAGCCAACUACAAAGUGACCAUUGACUCUGUUCACUAUCCAGGUGAGAGCGGGCCCUUGCCUGCCUUCACCCCCAUGCACUGGAACACAGACCGAGAGAGGAAACUCGUGCCUUCAGCGUCAUUGUCCGCAGUGCCUUCUCUCUCUGCGAGCCCAUGUGUGGGUGAACUGAAAGCUGCUCAGUCCAGCCCCCAUCUCAGCCCGGUGCAGUCUACCCAGCAGCCCUUGCAGCUCUCACGUACAGCACACAAGCCAAAAUGGCCUGAAGAAGACGCUCCACCCAGACCCCCUCUUCCUCACCUCUACAGUCCAGACGAACACCCCCCGGCUGUGCCCCCUCUCCCCAAAGAGACCUCCGUCAUCCGCCACACAUCAGUACGUGGCCUGAAACGACAGUCUGAUGAGCGGAAGCGUGAUCGUGAGAUCGGACAGUACCCUAACGGAGACCAUAAGGUUGAGAUACGAGCGUUCCUGAGUGAGCCUGAACUGCUGGUAGUUGGUGGCUUGAGUCGUGAUAGUGGCUACCAAACUCUACCAAACCGAGGUUUGACAGGCUCAUCUUCAAGACUGAACGAGUCAUCUAACAUUUCAUCAUUUGUCACCCUCAGAAGAGGACACACCACCACAAGCUUGAAGGAGAGACCAAAGAGUGCCUUGGAGCGGCUGUACUCUGGGGAGCCCGUGCAGCAGCGCGGCCGCAUGAGCGCCGAAGAGCAGCUGGAGAGGAUGAAGCGUCAUCAAAAGGCUCUCGUACGAGAGCGCAAGAGAACGCUCAGCCAGGGCGAGCGGCAGGCAUCCUCAUCUCGUGCCUCCUCCUCCUCCACAUCCAGACCCGUGUCUGCAGACCUGGGAUCAUGGAGGAGAGAGCAGGACUUUGAUUUGCAGCUUCUGGAGCGGGCCGUGCAGGGUGAAGGGAGACCAGUCGAGCACAAAGAGAGACAGCGCUCUCACUCAGACGAAUGGUUCACCCUGAGCAGCACACCCAUGAGAGAACUAGAUCUGGAGCCUCUGGACUACCAGCUGGACCUCAGCAAAGAGCUGGCAAAGCCACAAAAGGUGGCCAUCCCUGAGCGCUAUGUGGACAUGGAUCCAGAGGAGCCCCUCAGCCCACAGGAAAUGGAGGCCAGACAUCGUAAAGUGGAACGAAUCAAGAGCAUCCUGGCUAAGUCUAGUGUCCAGAAUAUACCUCCUCCUGCAGCAGUAGACAAGCCAGUGCUGCUGGGCAUAGACUCAGCUCUACAGGAGCAAGAGAGAAUCAUCACCAUGUCCUAUGCCUUAGCAUCAGAGGCCUCGCUCAAGAGCAAACAAGUGGCAGCUUCACCGCCGGUUAACAGUCCCACCUCACUCCCUCCACCUCCACCACCUCCUCCUCUUCCUCCCCCCGCUCCUGUUGCCGUCUCUACGGCUCAGUCUGCCCCCCCUCCCCUGAGCAAUGGAUUUCACUACACCUUUGUCUAAUCAGAGAACAACAAAGGCUUGUGCUGUAGUAUCGAGGAACUUCAUGAGUAGUGUAGAUUGGCCCCCCUCUACACAACUGCCUCCACAUCUGGAGAUGGAGAGGUGUGUGAAUUGUGUGCAAAUUGGCUUUUUGUUUGCCGAUAAGCCUAAAAAGCCAUAAACAAAUGCUGUCUUUUGUUAAUUGUUUGUAAUUACCAAAGACUCAGGGCAUCGCUAAGGCAGCACAUGCUGUUGUGUUGCCAAACACCACUUGCUUUGCCAUCUGUAAUCUGUAAAGAGCUUUUGUGUUUCAAUGUCUGUGACUCGCUGAAAUAAACAGCCGAACUACUAUCAAGGUUUUGUGGGGAAAAAAGGAAAAACGUGGCACUUCGUCUUUGGACACUUUAUAUGUGUGCGCAUCUCUCCAAAGCUAUUUUAGGGCAGUUCAUUAAAAAGAGCAUGACCUCCACCUGCAUUGUGUGUUCUGCUUCUCAGCAUGCCCCAAAUCAGUGAACUGCCAUGAUUUCCCAUUUGACACAUGCAAAUUACGAGCUAUUAUGUGCAGUAUCUGAGUCACUGUCCAAAAAUACAGUACACUUUUGGCCCCAUUAGGUCUUAAAGGCACAAUUUUUUUUUUCAUGAUUUUUAGAUUGUAAAUCAUUAUCUAACAUGUAAAUAACCCCAUCAUGAAAAGUUAGCUAGUCUUACCUUUAGAAAUCCUGAUCCCGGUUAUGUAUAUAUACUGAAAAAUAAAUAACUAAAUAAAUAAAUAUAACUAUAGAUCUCCUACUGAGUUGACAGAACAUUACUGUAUAUAUUUGUGUCCCUGAACCUUAAAGUCUAAGUUUGUUAAAAAUUUAGUUGUUACAUCAUCUGAAAGCUGAAUAAAUAAGCUUUACGUGAUGUAUGGUUUAUUAGGAUCGGACAAUCUUUGGCCGAGAUACAACUAUUUGAAUAUUC